AUGGCGGAAAGCGUGGCAGAUAUGCUCGCAGCUACGGACGAGAGUGACAAGUCAGAUUGCACUCUUGUAACCAUCAGAUCGAGGUCUAACUCGAGCUGCUCUGUGAGUUCUAAUAUACGACGCUUUUGGGCAAAUGAUGACACAGCUGAGCAGCAAAGAGCUAGUGAUGUGGCAUCUCAGCCCUUCUUUGAUGACUGGGAGGUACCUGACUCCCCUGAGCCAGCAGCGCAUGAAGGUCAAGAGGUAAAGACCAAGCGUUCAAGGGGACGUCCGCCAAAUAUAGGCGAAUAUAUAGGUCUGGCGGCGGCACAAAGAGCCCUUAAAGAGGCAAAAGGGAAGACUCUUGGGACGGAGGCGGAAUUGGCGAUUGCACGUCAAACGAAAGAGGCAAGACAGCUUUCAAAGUUGCCUGCAGCAAGUGAAGACUUGAGUCAGAAAUCGGCUGAAGAUCUUUCGAAGUCAGUGACGGACCAUGUAAAUAUUAUUGAGAACGUGGCCAAAACGUCAAAAAAUUUGAAGGGAACCUACGUCAAGGCCCUUAAUCAAGCGGCGAUGAACAUUGCAAAGGCAUUUGAUUAUUUAAGCCAGCGCACAAUUUCGGACGAGACUCGCCAAUUGCAGGCAGCGAAUAAUCGUCUGCAAGCAGAGAUGGUCUGCCUCCGCGCGGAGUUGGCACAGCUCAAGGCAGAAGUAGAGCGUGCAAAGCAAACGGAGACUCCUGUAAAGGAGGUCCUGCAAUCCGGAUCAGGCGAGGACGCAGAUAUGCCAGACGGGACACUGGACGCGCUGCCUGCCCUGAAGGAAAAUUUGUUGUCACAGAAGAGUCAACCGGUGAUUGAUCUUACGCCCGCGUCCAAGGAUGACGAAUUCAUGCGUGCAGUGGCCCUCCGGGUGGGAGAAAUUGUAAGCGCACGCCUGGACGGACUAGAAGCCGAGGGUCGUCUGCUACCAGCUAAACAAUUGAGACCAGCAUUGGCAACAGACAAGAAGAAGCAGGUUUCAGUGUCUACGGCUUCUGCUGCGGUGAGAAUGACUGCUGGAACCAGUGGUAAAAUAGUAAUAGAUGCCACUAAAAAACCACAGCCCGCUCCAGCUCCUGGAGUUAAGAAGAAGGCCACAAAAAAGGCUACAAGGAAUAAAGGUGGGACUCAAAACCAGCCAUCAACGGUGACGCCCAUACCUCGCUCCCUGCCACCUGCCCCUGCCACUAUGAAAGAGGGCUGGAACUUAGUAGCAAGCAAGGGGAAUAAGCGAAAGAAUGAUCGUGCUGCCCCAGUGCAGUUAACAGAAAAGGCGAAAGCCCAAAAGCUUAAAGCCCCUCGAUCAGCGGCUGUGGUGUUGACUCUACAACCGGAGGCGGUAGAAAAAGGCAUCACAUAUAGAGACGUGAUUGCCGAGGCUAAGACCAAAGUCCAACUGGCGGAUAUAGAUAUUCCUGGUGGACUGCGCUUCAGGCGGGCGGCUACCGGAGCGUGUGUUCUCGAGAUACCUGGAGCAUCUAGUGGCGACAAAGCGGAUAAGCUAGCUGAUGCAAUAAGACAACAGAUCGACGGUGAAAAGAUACGGGUAUCAAGGCCAACAAAAACCGUUGACAUUCGCGUCACUGGCCUGGACGAUUCGGUUACCUCAGAAGAGGUGGUAGCGGCUGUGGCACGAACCGGAGGUUGUACUAUUGAUACGGUGAAGGCCGGAGAAAUACGCCAGGGAUUCUCAGGACUCGGUACAGUGUGGGUUCAAUGCCCGAUCGUGGCUGCUAAAAAAGUGGUAGCUGGGGGUCGCCUACUGGUAGGAUGGGUCUCGGCUCAGGUAAAGCUACUAGAAAAGAGGCCUUUACGAUGCUUCCGGUGCCUUAGAAAUGGGCACGUAAGGGCGCAAUGUACAGCGGAAACAGACCGGUCCGAAACCUGUUUUCAGUGCGGCAAAGAGGGUCACAAAGCGGCUAAUUGCACUGCUGCGCCACACUGUGCGGAGUGCGCGGCAGCUAGCAAGCCGUCAGAACACAGAAUAGGCAGCAAAGCGUGUACUACGCUUAAAAAUGCCGGGAAAUUGAAGAAGACCAACGCUUCAGGUAACCCUCGGGCCCUCUCGCAGUCGGUCGUGUCACCCACAGUGGUCUUGACAGAGGAGGCACAAACAAUGGCCGUCGAUUAA